AUGGGACAGCAUUCGUUGAUUUACAGUUUUGUGGCGCGUGGAACGGUGAUCGUGGCGGAGUACACGGAGUUCACGGGGAAUUUCACUAGCAUAGCUUUCCAAUGCCUACAGAAACUUCCGGCUGCUAACAACAAGUUUACCUAUGACUGCGACGGCCACACCUUCAACUACCUUGUCGAGGAUGGCUUCACAUAUUGUGUUGUUGCCGUCCAAUCUGUUGGCAGGCAGAUUCCUAUGGCAUUUCUGGAGAGAAUUAAGGAGGAUUUUACCAAGAAAUAUAGUGGGGGGAAGGCUGCUACUGCUGUUACUAACAGCCUAAAUAGAGAAUUUGGGCCCAAUUUGAAGGAGCAAAUGCAGUACUGUGUGGAUCAUCCUGAGGAGAUCAGCAAGCUUGCAAAGGUGAAAGCUCAGGUUUCAGAAGUCAAAGGGGUGAUGAUGGAAAACAUUGAGAAGGUUCUAGACCGUGGAGAGAAAAUUGAGCUUCUGGUAGAUAAAACAGAUAACCUUAGCUCUCAGGCACAACACUUUAGGACACGAGGAACCCAAAUGAGGAGAAAGAUGUGGUUGCAGAACAUGAAGAUAAAGCUGAUAGUCCUUGGCAUUAUAAUUGCUUUGAUUCUUAUCAUAGUUAUAUCAGUCUGCUCUAAGGGAAAAUGUCAUUAG